GGCUAUUUACACAAAUGUACCUAUAAUUAACACUUGGACAGCGUUGAAGAGCGUUUCAUAGUGUUGGGUGUGGUAUUAAUCGGCCUAAGACAACAAACAACUACGUCAUCAAUGAGCUCAAGCCUUUCGUAGGGCACCUUGCGUCCAAACCCACUAAGGAAGACCAAGUCUCCUAUAUAAGGAAGCCUAAGCCCUCCAAGAUAGGGACUUCUCUUCCUCUCCUCUUCCUUUUCCCCUCAAGGUUUUUCUCUAUACUCUCUCUACUUUCCCUACAGACUAUAGCUAUACCGCACUAACUUGACCUUUGGAGUGUAGAUCACAGGAGUCGCCCCCCUCCUUUUCACAAACUCCUCACCUCCCAAAGAGAUCGAGCAAGGGAGUCCAGAUCGGAGCCCCAAUUACUAUUAUGUUAGCCUCGGGUACUUUUCCGAGCCAACACGUAGGCAUACACUUUUUCAUAAGCCAUUAAAAUGUUGAGUAAAAGUGGCGGUGUUUCGCUUUUUCUAACAUAUAUCUUGUGUAUCUAAACUCUCUCUACCUUUACUUUCUACACUUUUCACAAACGUCUAUCCUAACUGUAAUUGUCAUAUUAUGAACCGAGGAUCAUAGCCACCUCCACAAAUCAUACAUAUUAUCGUUAAAUCCAAAACGAACUAAAAUUCGAAUCAAAAUGACGACAUUGGUUGUCAACUAACGGUAAAAAAACAUCCCCGUAAACCCUCAUCCCCCCUCCCAAUGAACAACAAAGCUAAUUUCUUUUUGUCCAAAUACCAAAUCGUUUUCCAUGUACCAAACCUACUCGCAUAAACAUUGUGCAAAGUCGUCAUGAGAAUUCAAAGGCAUUUGGUCAUAUGUUCCACGAUUACCAUGGCCUUUGUAAAAGGUACUAAGCUCUCAAGUCUUAAACCAAAGGCAUAUUAGGUGGAGCCCCAGAUAAGAUGCCGCGUUUAAUGGGCGCUUAAAAUAUUCCCUGCUGUCACACCAGUCACGUAUUCCACAUGCUAAAUAUUUUCUUAAAAACUUUUAACGCAACCAGACCCCCACACUUCUACAGUAAGAUGAAGAUGAUCCUCUACCUAAAACUCGGACGUAUAGAAACCAUGGUCCAUUAAACCGUACCGUACCGGUUCAACCACAAAAUACUAAUAUCGGAGGCUAUUCCGAUAGGCGGUAUUCAACAAUAUUAAUAGUUGAACUACGAUUCAACCACGAUUUUACCGUAAAAUACCCUACUAGUAAAUUUUCCAGUACGGUUUCAUGGAACAUGAUAGAAACACUCAUAAAACUUUAACGUCAACCGUUGACCGGAGGGCAAUAUCGUCCAUUUGUCCUAUAGCAUUAUAAUUCUAAUUUGAUUGACAGAUAAACGCGUGGGCCCUUAUCUACUCGGCUUCACGAAACCUUGACAAACAGAUUGGGCUUCCGACUCAGCAGUCUCUACCCCUGUCUUCCCCAAAACUAAAUAUCAUCUUCUUCCUAUAAAUCCCCCUUCCCAUCUUCCCAUUCAAUCCCCUCCCUCCGCCUGUUUAGUGUUCAUCAAUCCCACAACUCCAACCUCCCAAAAACCUGCAUUUCCUUUCCCCCCCACCAUCUCAAUCUUUUCCUUACUGCCAUGGAUUCCUACAGCAAAAGUUCCUCCCCUUUCGACUGCCUUCUCUUCGAUUUGGACGACACCCUUUACUCUUCCAAGAUUGGAAUAGCCGAGGCUCUCCGGAACAACAUCGACGAUUUUCUGGUUGAGAAAUGUGGAUUCUCCCAGCACAAAGCUCCAAGUCUCCGAUCGGAGCUCUUCAAGACUUACGGCAGCUCUCUCGCCGGCUUACGGGCGUUAGGUUACAAUAUCGACGCCGAUGAAUACCACAGUUUCGUGCACGGAAGAUUGCCUUACAACUUGAUCAAGCAAGAACCUCAACUACGCAACCUCCUGAGAAGUAUCCCCCAAAGGAAAAUCAUAUUCACGAACUCGGACAGGAACCACGCAAUCGCGGCGCUGAAAAGGCUAGGAUUGGAAGACUGCUUCGAAAAGAUCAUCUGCUUCGAGACCAUGAACCCGAACCUGCCCAACUCGACCCGACCCGACCAGUUCCCGGUCCUCCUCAAGCCCUCCAUGGACGCCAUGAAAAUCGCCCUCCGCGCCGCCGACGUCGAUCCCCGCCGCACGCUGUUUCUAGACGACAACUCCCGCAACGUGGCAGCAGGGAAAGCUCUGGGCCUCUCCACCGUCCUGGUAGGGAAGACGGUGAAGAGCCCAGAAGCGGACUACGUGCUGGAAAAGAUCCACAAUCUGGCACAGGUGGUGCCGGAGAUCUGGGCCGCCGCCGCCGGCGAUCGGAUCAACCGGAGCAAGAGCAAGAGCGAUAUGGAUUCGAUUCUCGUUACCGCCGCGGCCACCGUGGGGGCCUAAUCGGAAGUCGGAACGGUACAUAGAUGUAAACAAGUUGCUAGAGUAACGUGAUGGGCGUGACAAAUAAAGAAAAAAAAAAAGAACAAGUUGUACAUGUGAUGUGUAUUACUAAUUAAUGGGUUUAAUGUAAUGCCCUGUUUGUAACGAGGUUCCAUGGUGUUGAAGAAGUGGAAAUAAGAAAUGUAAAGUUGCUUUCUAGAACCUUCCUGGGUUUGUUGUUAUUUUGAUAUGAUCGAUUGUUAAGAAGCCUUGGGUUGGUGUGGGGAAUGGGAUCACGAUUAAUAUGCAUUAGGAUAUUCCACCAAUUUGUUCGACCAAAUUUGACCGCACUCAAGCAUAUGCCUAGGAAGCAUGUUAAUUAGGUAAACGGGAUGAAGAAUGCAAUCAUUUCAUUAUUGUAAAGGAAGCCAAACUACCAAAAGGUAAAGAUAGUCUAACGGUAGCACCGCAGCAACAAAGAUUUGAGAGUUGCAGAUCCUAUGUUUGAUUCAAGCGAGUCAUAUUGGUGUUUCAGGAGGUAUGAGGCUGUUGGGGAAGGCCCCGUUGGCGUCGAAAUUGAUUGCAGGUGACCCUCAGAUUUAGUAAGUUUUGCUGUCACAAAGUGACACGUGAGGCUGUGGUUCAUAGGUAAUAAAAAAAAUAAUAAAGGAAGCCAAACUGAAAUCUAAGUGAUCUUUUAAUUUUAUGAAUGUGUUGAUAUUUCCUCUUCAUUUUAGUAUUUUGUUCAUUUAUCAUUUUAUCAAAUUAUUUGUGAAGUAAUAGAAAGUUUUUAACAAGCCCGUGUUGAUAUUUCCUCUUCAUUUUAGUAUUUUGUUCCUUUUAUCAUUUUAUCAAAUUAUUUGUAAAGUAAUAGAAAGUUUUUUAACAAGUCUCGAGUUUCAAUCUUAUAUUGCAUCAAAAAUAUCCAAACUGAUGUGAAUGGUCAUCCUCGAUAAUAAGAAAAUAUGUCAAUUCAUAAAUAAGAUUAAAUAUAUAAAUGUUCCAUUAGAAAAAAUACAAGAAAAUACAAAAGUUUAUUCCAAUUGAAUCGCAGAUGAAUUUUGUUCUAUUGACAUCCACGUCUAUUUGCAUCGAAAUUACUAUAAUCACAUGGAAGGGUGACUCGAACCACAAGAACCACAAAUUAUCACCAAAAGCUUUAAUAAAAUUAGUUGUGAUAAAUAAUAAGUUUGUUCAGUCCACUUCAUAUUCCAAUAUUUCCACCAACAUAGGAUUAAACAAUUUGAAUCAACAACAUAAUUAACUUAAGUAAGAAUGCAAUAUAGACGUCUUAUUAGUGGAAUCUCAAAUGACACGCUAAGUUCAUACGCUGCCAAUUAGGAACGGUAGUUGAGUGAGAGAGAGGCCAAUAUUAUAAUAAGCCGAUAUAUAUAUACUCACUCCUGCAUGCAGUUGCUUUCAAUUGUGUUGAUCUAAUCGUCAUUAGUUUUUUUUUUUUUUUUUUUGAAAGAAUCGUCAUUAGUUUUUAAACAAUGAAUCAUAAUCAUGUCCCUCUCGAUAUUAAAUGAUUGGUGGAAGGAUAAGGACGUAUGGUUCAAUCCCAUCAGGACCUCUCAGAUGCUCGAUUCUCGUGGUUGAUUAUAAAAUAAAAUCAAUUAC